AACAAAAUGGAAGCAGUUGCAAUCAUUUAGCGUGAAACAUCCCAGAAAACUUCACUUUUCAGCCCUUAAAAUCGUCAGGAGUUACAGAUCGGUGAUGUAAGAGCUACAUUUGUUCUUUGAGGUGAAAUCAGGAAGAAUUUAUGAGCGACAAUGCGUUAAAUUAGGAUUAGUUUAGCUUAGGUCAAGAUUUUUACCUUAAAAUUGUGCAGAGGAGUCAUUGUGCCAUAACCUCGUAGUUUCGAGUUUUAACCUUCCUCUUACAGUUUGGGACAGACAUCACCAAAAUGCGGAGAGGUGUCGGCGCCGGGGCGAUCGCCAAAAAGAAGCUGGCUGAGGCCAAAUACAAAGAAAGAGGAACUGUUCUGGCUGAGGAUCAAAUAGUGCAGAUGUCCAAGCAGCUGGAAACUUUCAAGACCCACCUUGAAGAAUUUGCCAGCAAACAUAAACAAGAGAUCCGCAAGAACCCACAGUUCAGGGUCCAGUUUCAGGAAAUGUGUGCCACCAUCGGCGUUGACCCGCUUGCAUCCGGUAAAGGGUUUUGGUCUGAGAUGCUCGGAGUUGGUGACUUCUACUAUGAACUCGGUGUGCAGAUCAUUGAAGUGUGCCUUGCCCUGAAACAUAGAAAUGGAGGGCUGAUUACUCUGGAUGAGCUCCAUCAGAGAGUACUGAAAGGACGCGGUAAAUACGCUCAGGACGUGAGCCAGGACGACUUGGUGAGAGCCAUAAAGAAACUGAAGGUGAUGGGGAAUGGGUUUGGGAUGAUUCCCGUUGGUGGUUCUUACUUGGUCCAGUCAGUCCCAGCUGAGCUCAACAUGGACCACACUGUGGUUCUUCAGCUGGCCGAGAAAAAGGGAUACGUCACAGUGAGUGAGAUCAAGGACAGUCUAAAAUGGGAGAAGGAGCGAGCGUGUCACGUGCUGGAUCACCUGCUGAAGGAAGGCCUGGCUUGGCUGGACUCUCAGGCAGCUGGAGAGGCACAGUACUGGCUGCCAGCGCUCUUCUCUGAGCUGACUUCCCGUGACGUCACACCGGAGGAGGCCAAUCAGAUGACACCUUAAGCUGUGGGAGGCCCUGGACCAGCAGCUUGAGGCUUGUUGGUAAACAAAAUCUGCCCUGUGGGAAGAAGGUGGCUCGUGUGACGGAGUUGGCUGGGUCUCUGGAGCUGGCGUGCAGCAUGGACUCCCUGAGAUCAGUUUUUGGACAUGUGGAGGGGAAACUUUCCAAAGAGUGCACUAAUAUUACCGCAGAGUCAGUGAAAGGGAGCUCCAGCACACGGCAGAAGAAUUCAGCUUAUAAUAUCAAGGUUUUUGGGUGAUUAGAAGAAAGUUCUUCCAAAUGUAUAAACGAGAUCAUUCUGUUUUGUUGCACAUUUUUUAUUAUUCUGCAAUAAAAUGCACUUACAUUUAUUACUUGA